AUGUCAGAGAAACUCAUGGAGAAACCAGUGGAUAGAAUUACCGUUGAGGUGAACGGAGUCCAGCAUAUUAUUUCCAACACAAGUCCAAAGACAUCCUUAAAUGAAUGGUUGAGAUCACAGCCUGGACUGAAGGGUAAGGAACACAUUGCUAUUCUGGGGAUGCGGGCUGAUUGUCUGGUGGGCGGGCGAGUGCUUACUGAAUGAUUUCACCAUCCAGGAUUGUACUUCUUCUCAUUUUUUUGUUAUUUCUUGCAGGACCAAAUACAUUCGACAUAUCUGUUAUAGUUAUUCACCAAACGAGUGUAAAUUUUUCAAAUUUGGGGGGAGAGUUUGUAAAAGAUAAAAAUUGUGUUCCAAAUUGCAUGGGAAUUCUUAACGCAAAAAUUUCACGACUUGAAUAAAAAAUCCAGCAUUCUUGACUUGAUCUUAACAAACAUUCCUGACAAAAUACAUAAUCUACAUGGUUACGACGACAGUAUCUCUACCGAUCACAAAUUAAUCGGUUUUGAUCUAGAUCUAAGGGUGCCUAAGAAACCGGAUAUUAAACGUUCCGUCUACAACUUUAAAAGAACAGAUUGGUCUAGUCUAAACAACUCACUCCAGAACACCUCUUGGGACCAGUGUUUUGUACCUAAUGAUGUGGAUGCUUUUCUCUCAAAUUGGUGUGUUGUUUUUCUAACCGUUGUUAACCAACACGUGCCUAAAUCUAAGACCAGAAAUAUCCAUGAUCAUCCUUGGGUUGAUAAAGAGCUUUUAUCUCUCAUUAAGAGAAAAAAAAACAUGCAAAGACUAAAAGCCAAUAGAUCAGGUUGUGUUCAUGACGCUCAAAAGUUUGAAGAUCUUCGACGCCUAACGAAACAACUUAUCUCGCAAAAAAAGAAGGAGUACGCAACUAAACUCAGAGACUCUGUCACGGAAAACCCGAAACGGUUCUGGUCUUUCGUAAAAUCCUCUAGGUCGGUCAAAAUCACCACGAACUUCCUUCGAGAUAAUCAGUCUUUUAUUACUGGCAGCAGUAACAAAGCUAACCUACUGAACUCCUUCUUCCACUCAGUCUUUAGUCCUUUUCAAGCUACCACUACAACAUCUAAUCUCCCAUUGUCUUCCGACACAGCCUUAUCCAACAUCCAACUAACAGAAAACGAAGUCUUUAAAGCACUUGACGGUUUGGAUCAAAGCAAAGCAUGUGGACCUGAUGGGAUACCUGGAAAACUUCUCAAGAUGACGGCUAACAUAAUCGCACCAUCUCUCUGUUAUAUAUACGAUCUUUCUUUGUCCCAGGGUGUAGUUCCUGCUUGUUGGAAGCUCGCAGACGUUACACCUGUGUUCAAAAAAGACGAUCCAACGCUCGCUUCUAACUAUAGAGCCAUAUCCCUAUUAUCUAUCAUCUCAAAAACGUUUGAACGCUGUGUAUAUACCCACUGCUAUCCCCAUCUAUCACCACGUUUCUACCAUCUACAGCAUGGUUUCUUAAGGGGUAAAUCUACGGUAACUCGACUACUCCACGUCUACCAAGAAAUCUUAGAUCACUUAGCUGGUGGGAAAGAAAUUGAUGCCAUCCACCUAGACCUGUCUAAGGCCUUUGAUCAUGUUCAACAUCACAUGCUUCUGAACAAGCUUGAGCAAUAUGGCAUAUCAGACUCGCUUCUUCAGUGGUUUCGUAGUUACCUGAGUGACAGAUAUCAGCGCGUUGCCUUAGAUGGGACCCUCCAAGAUUGGCUCCCCGUGACCUCUGGAGUCCGACAGGGAUCCAUCCUAGGACCCCUCCUGUUCCUAGUAUAUAUUAACGACAUGCCAGAAUACGUAGGUCAGGGCUCGAGUAUUGCAUUAUUUGCGGAUGACUCUAAACUAUAUAGGCCCAUAAACUCGGCAUCUCACCAUCUGUUGCAAUCGGACCUUUCAGGCCUUCAUAAUUGGAGUAAUGACUGGGGCAUGAUGUUCAACCCAUCCAAGUGCAAAGUGAUGCACAUGUCUCCGAAGAAGGUCUGCUCCUCUGCUUCAAUCCAAUACCACCUGAACGACAAGCCCCUGGAAAGUGUGACACGCAUCUCUGACCUGGGUGUCAUCGUAUCCAAAGACCACUCCUCUCACCUCAUCGUAUCCAAAGACCUCUCAUCGUAUCCAAAGAUCUCUUGUAAUCAUAUUGAAGACACAUGCACCAAGGCCAAUAAAACCCUUGGUCUAAUUAAGCGGAUGUGUGCUAGCGACGUUGUGGAUGAAAAUACGCGAAAGCUUCUCUAUUGUGCUGUUGUACGCCCUAAGCUUGAGUACGCGUCGUGUGUGUGGUCACCUUACUCGGCUAAACAACGUAAAUUAAUAGAGAACGUUCAACGCAGAGCAACGAAAUUCAUUCUGAACUACCCUCCUCGUGAUGUUACCUACAGAGACAAGCUAAUAUCCUGUUAUUGUUAUUGUUAUUGUUAUUGUUAUUGUUAUUGUUAUUGUUAUUGUUAUUGUUAUUGUUAUUGUUAUUGUUAUUGUUAUUGUUAUUGUUAUUGUUAUUGUUAUUGUUAUUGUUAUUGUUAUUGUUAUUGUUAUUGUUAUUGUUAUUGUUAUUGUUAUUGUUAUUGUUAUUGUUAUUGUUAUUGUUAUUGUUAUUGUUAUUGUUAUUGUUAUUGUUAUUGUUAUUGUUAUUGUUAUUGUUAUUGUUAUUGUUAUUGUUAUCUCGACGUAAAUGUAUAUCUUGAAUGUGUGUGACAAAAUGAAUAAAUAAAAAUAAAAUAAAUAAAUAAAAAAAUCCAUUCGGGAUACACGCAACAAACAUUUUGAAGAUGCCCUUAGAUAUCCUCCCCUCGUAACAGUUUGUUUCUGAUGGCACUGUUAUUCCAUACCUGAUGAUGACAUGUGAAUAUAGAAGUGAGCUCUUUAACUCUAAUCUUCAAGCUAAAACAUGAAAUAUAUAUUUACCACUUCGUUGAGAGUCUGAGACCAAGCGAUACAGUGUGUUUUGUGAGCCCGAAAUAACCGAGGGCAACAACGGCGGUUGAGGGGCCACAAGACACACUCCUUUCCGGAGGUCUCAGUAAAUAGUGUUUUGUUAUAGCAGGCUAUAUAGAUGUAAGAGGCAAAGUAUUAUUAAUUCACCGGUGAAUGGAGUGAACUUUGAAACCAAAAUUAGAAUUAGAAAUGGAACUUUGAAACUAGAACUUUGUAACCAGAUAAAUGUUUAAUUAAAAAGUUUAAUAAAAUGAACUUGGCAUGGGAACUUCACAGUAGACGCGCAUGUGUACUGCAGGAUUGACGCGUAUGUACUUGUAAUAUGUAUGACUAUAAUAAUAAUAAUAGGUAUCAAGUGUCACAGGGGUGAUUGGCAAGGUAUUAGGACAUUAGUAAUAUGAGACAGGGACAUUAGAAUUGUUAUUGUGUGAUAUUCUAGGGUGUAAAAGAGUAAUAGAAAAGCCUGGUUUUGUAUCGUUGUUGUCUGAUUCGCUUAUAUUACAUACUCAUUACGGACCCCUCGCCAAAGUAUGCAGUGAACAUGACGUUUUGUGGACCGGCACGUAAUACAGUUAUGACCAAUCGGCAAACAGAAAAAUGGAACUUUGUCACUCACAGUAUAACAAUGUUGUAUCGCUAGGGUGAACAUCAAACGUGAUAGGCUGAUUUGUGGUCACGUGGCUUUAGACAAAUGCAUUGUAUCCCGCCGGGUAACACGUGAAAAAUUAUUGCCCACCCCGACCGGCUAGCUACGUACAAAAAUUAACACGUUUAUAAACUCCAAGUUCGUGUUGAAAUAAAGAAAUUUAAAAGAGACAAAACUACACAAUCAGCGACAUGAGUUGCUGCUAAAACCGUUUAGGUAGGUUCUUUUAAUUUUAAACUCGUUUAGACUAUAGUGUUUUUGUGAAAAAAAAAUCAUUAUUGUUCUAUGAAUGUUGUUGAGUUUUCAUCUGUCGCUAUAUGACAAAACACUGUUCCCUCGGCAACUAAAAAUCGAAGAAUCUGAGGAAAUAUUGGUACGGGGGGGGGGGGGAAUUCGGUUGGCAACACAUGACCACUUUUAUAUCCGUGAACCUUUCAUGGUUGAAAAAAUUUUGUUGAGCUUUUUUGUCAUUCAGCUAUCAUUCAAGGACUUUCAGAAAUUAUUGGGGGCGAUUUCCCCCGAUCCCCCUACACUAAAAAGUGAACCCAAUUAACGUAAUAUACAAUAAAAGCAUAUGCAACUACUGUAACUGUAUGCAAGUCUAUUAACAGAUGUGCCUUGAGUUUCUGCUAAGGGCUUCGGGGACUAGGUGAGGGAAUUGGGCGAGAGCGAGUCCCCCACUCUCGUUUAGGACUACCUUUGAAAGAGUUUUAAAUCUGUUUAGAAAUGGGGUGGGGGAGUGGCGAUAUCAGUAUUAGCGAACUUAAUUAAUCUAAUACAGGGACGUGACAAGAAACAACCUUAAGUUUUAUGAAGAACUAUCGGUAAGAACCUCAACAAGCAGGACAAACGUGCAACGAGGACGACUAUUAAUAUCGUAUUAAUGCAAGAAAUUUAGUAGAAAUUUGCAAUUAAAAUUCCACGGAAGUUUUAGACGUCGCCGUCGCUCUGUUUACAACGGCAAAAUACUGAUGAUUAUCAGGUCAAACUGGGACAAUGGCUACUUCCAAAUGGGUUCUAGAACUUUUCUCAAUUAUUAACCCUGUGUUAGCGUUGAUCGUAUGAUGGAUAAUCUGGUUCUACCAGUUUGUUUGCCGUCGCGUUCCCGUCCUACAUUCUUAAGGUCGCUAACAUCCAAUUUAGGGAAAUUUGGCGCGAUAAACUAGACAUAAAAGGAAGUACAUUUUUAAUGCUGCGUAAGCAAGCAAGUACAUUUUAUUAUUUCUACAAAUGUCUUGCUUAUUAUUUUUAUAUAAGCAAUUCUUACAGACCAUUUUUUAUUUAGCUACUGUCGCAAAUUGUAUUGUAUUUAUAGACUGUGGCUCUGAGAGUCACUCAAAUUUUCAAAGACUCAAAUUUUCAAAAUGUGCUAGGGAAGCACGCUCUCGGACUCCCCUACUAACGUUCGCAGCACCCACCUAAAAGUAUCUUGAUUACAUUAUUCCGCCACCCUCUCCCAUUUCUAUAUCGCGGCCUACUGGACUGAAUGUGUCCUUUAACACAUCCAGCCACGAUCUAGCAACCCUAAUGUUAUAUUUUCACUGUCCUCCAUAACGGCCAGUCAUGCACUCGUUCAUUUGACAUUUUUGUGACACUAAGAAAAGAGCCUAUUUAUUAAUUUGAUGAUUGAAUGUGUUUGAUAUCACCCUGCAGGUACAAAAGUGACGUGUCAAGAAGGCGGAUGUGGCGCGUGUGUUGUCGCAUUGACAAAACAAGAUCUGAGUACAAAGAAGGACAAAAUCAUUGCUGUCAAUAGUGUAAGAUUUAGUUUUCAUUUUACUUGCUUUAUACUUAUUUUACUUCUAUAAUCAGGUUGGAAAAUUGGAAUAACUAUUUUAUUUUCAGAGCAUUAUGUACAAGAAAUAUCGAAGUUCUGAUCCCAAAAUAUGAGUGGUGGUUCUUGGUCGUGGCUCCCACUCACUCUCCGCCCAUGAAAUCGAACCAUUUUACAUAUUUUAGCAGAAGCUGUUAAUUAAAUCUUAAAACUAGAAAUACAUGCAUGCAACAAUCCCUCGCCCACAUUUCCCCAACAUUGUUCGAACGGACGUGAAAUAUUCUAAUUACGCCAAAAUGGAACGCAGGCUCGCGUUGCUCACGUCAUGAUAGCCAUGGCAACUGUUUUCUAUAAUUGUUUUCUUAAUUUUUUGUCCAAAACGUCACAAAUAAAUUAAUGUUUUACACCUUUAACCACAGAACUGUCGAUUUCUAACAUAUAUAAAGUAGGUAUGUUAUUUUGCUUUCUAUGGGCUUUAUUAUAAUAAUUUAAAAUUCAACACGAAACGCUCCGUGAAACGUUUUUAAAUGUACAUUUAAAUUAACUGAUUUUUGCCGAUAAACUCUUCAACUUAUUUUUAAUACUCGUAGUUUGAAAUGAAAUAAGUUUAAGUCAUACAGGUCGCUCUUGAAAAUCAUUUUCGCCCUUUUUGCAUGAGCUUUUAUAAAGAAAUUAAAGCAAGUUAAUUCAAAGGAACUUCACAUACAUGUUUAAGGCCUUCAGGCGAAAACUGGACUGCAAAUUCAUAUAUAAACACUAAAAAUAAUUAAAUAAACUUACCCUAUACUUCAGGAUUUCACAUAAAGGAAAAGGGAAAAGGUGAUUUAGAACUUAUUAAGGGAAAGGGUGAUUUAGAACUUAUUGUGUGAAAAGAUGUCCAAGCUUUCUGUCAUGCAUGUUUUUUUAAUCUUUGCUUCUUUCACUCCUGGCUAACUGCUAUAUUGUUGAGAUCAGUGUGAUGAGCACCCGUGCAUAGCCAUGCGCCCGCGAUCAUAGAUGAACUUUGGACUUCGCUAAUGCUUUCCUUUCCCCGGGUGUAAAAAGCCGAGCGGAAUUAGUACCCUCGCCACGGGCUUCGCCCUACGCGCUCCGCGCGUGGCUCGGGGAUUAAGAAGUUGUUUAAUGUUUUGAAAAUCCAAAACUGCAAAACAUUCUUGUGAUUAGAAAACGUUAUUAUCUCUACCAAUCUUCCACCAUGCAUUGCAUGUCAUGUACAAUUGGUGUGAUGCAGGAGAAGCCGUGUUAUAAUCUCCGAAUGUCUAGUAAAAUUGAUUUAUGAAAGUCAAUUGUUUUGGUCAUUGGCAUUAUAUAGAACUUUUUCUUCCUAUGAAUUUGGGCGCCGAUAUGUUUUCCCGGAACUGAUAUGACUCUAGAAACUGCCUUGACUUCCUGGGUCCACAAGGUCCAAAAUUAUUUUUUGUUAAUUGUCAACAGUCAGUAAUUGUCAUGUAAUCAAAAUUGCAUGCUGUAGCACUUUCCUCUCUCACGCGGCAGGACAGUUGUGCGUGGUGGGACUAUAUCAUGGAAUAUAAAGAACAUACAGAAAGCCAAAAGCUGCCACGACAUAAUUCUCCCAGAAAUGGAACAGAGAGGUCAAAUUUUCAUAUAAAAAACAUUCAUUGCUACUAUUAAAAUGUCUGGCAAUAGGCACCGCACGUCGAUGCUCACCAAACGUUUCCCUCAAAAUUCUUCCAGUUUCCCCAAUAUCAAGCAUGCCACACCUAUAUACAUGAGAUGUAGUAUAAUAUAAAGAAGGAGGAGGUGAAAUGGUGCUCGACAUGGCACUGAGAUUUUGGUGCUGUAAUCUCUGACACACACCGUUCGAGAUUAGUUCCCUGCUGCGAUUUUGGCUACAAUAGCUAGACAGCUGCGAAUUGAGAGAGGUACAACUAUCUGAAGGCACCAGCUGUUUUCGUCGGGUUCUCCCAUUUUUCCAGUUCAUCAAACGCUAUUUCCGUGAUCUUAAAAUAUUUUCUUUUACAGUGUCUCUUCCCUUUAUUUGCUGCUGAUGGAUUUAAGAUUACAACGACCGAAGGAUUGGGCAGGUAAGGCGUUGUAAGAUAUUAGGUGCUAUCUUUGAGUGGAAAUGAAAGUGCGCGAGUGAAAAAGCGCAGAUUCUGCAACGAUUGAGGAAAAUAUCAAAUGAUUGUAUGUCAGCCAGCCAAUGAAAAUCGCUUGACUUGAUAAGUGGACUGGCUAGUGCAGACAAACUAUAUUUGGGCGGAUACUUCAGUGGACUAAUAAUAAAAGAACUCCAAAUUUACUCACGUCCAUACAUAGCGAAAUCAGUUAUUUCUAAAACGUCGAAAAUUGGCGUUGCUUUUAUAUACAGUCACAGGAUAAUUACAAACUCAUACACUUUCAAACGCAUGUUGAGAUCUUUAGGCAGUGUGUUUGUGAUGUUACUCUGAAUGUGUAUCCACACCGGGCAAGCUUGAAAAAUAUGCCUGGCCGCGGUGGGAAUCGAACCAACGACCUUUGGAAUACUAGCCCAAUGCUCUGCCAACUGAGCUACGCCGGUCAGGACGGUUCGAGUAUGUGAUAUUUCGGAACUGAGUCCAGUUUUUCGAUAUCAAUACAAUCUAGUAAUAUGAUGUUUACUGUGUUAGUGUUAUCUACUCAGAUGAAUAUGUUUGUGAUGUUACUCUGAGUGUGUAUCCACCACGGUGGGAAUCGAACCUACGAUAUUCGAGUAUGUGAUAUUCGAGUAUGUGAUAUUCGAGUAUGUGAUAUUCGAGUAUGUGAUAUUUCGGGACUGAGUCUUGUUUCUUCGAUAUAAAUGUAAUCUAGUAAUCAUUGCAUUGAUAUCGCAGAAACUAGACUCAGUUCCGAAAUAUCACAUACUCGAACCGUUCUGACCGCGUAGCUCAAUUGGCAGAGCAUUGGGCUGCCUAGUAUUCCAAAGGUCGUAGGUUCGAUUUCCACCGUGGCCAGACAUAUUUUUCAAGUUUGCCCCGUGUGGAUACACACUUAGAGUAACAUCGCAAACAUCAUAUUCACCUGAGUACAUAACACUAACACAGAAAAAUAUCAUGAUUGCUAGAUUGCAUUGAUAUCGCAGAAACUAGACUCAGUUCCGAAAUAUCACAUACUCGAACCGUCCUGACCGCGUUGUUCAGUUGGCAGAGCAUUGGGCUAGUAUUCCAAAGGUCGUUAGUUCUACUCCCACCGUGGCCAGGUAUAUUUUUCAAGCUUGGCCGGUGCGGAUACACACUCAAGAGUAACAUCAGGGACGCCGGAACGAUGUGAAGGCAAGGGGGGCAGAUUUUCGUGAAAGGGCACUUUUGAAUUGAUAUAUACUAAGAGAUGUUUGCAAAACAUCGGGAGUUGAACUUCGGUUAAUCAUGUUUUCUAUUUAUUGGAUUGUGAGGGAGUUCUCCGCCAGGCGAUUGUGCUAUUCUUGAAGCUCGAUGACUGCAUUUCUUGCGUUUUCUGAAGCAAAUUCGUAAAAGAAUCGCACUAACAUUUCUGACAAUUCGCUGUUUCGCCAAAGCCAUCCUUUAAAUUGAAAGGGCACCUUUUCCCCCUUGCCCCUCCUAGUAAAGGGCAACCCCCCCCCCUGCCCCCCCCCCCCACCCAGUUCCGGCGUCCCUGAGUAACAUCACAAACAUCAUAUUCACCUGAAUACAUAACACUAACACAGAAAAAUAUCAUGAUUACUAGAUUGCAUUGAUAUCCAAGAAACUAGACUCAGUUCCGAAAUAUCACAUACUCGAACCGUCCUGACCGCGUUGCUCAGUUGGCAGAGCAAUGGGCUAGUAUUUUAAAGGUCGUUGGUUCGAUUUCCACCGUGGCCAGGCAUAUUUUUCAAGCUUGCCCGGUGUGGAUACACACUCAGAGUAACAUCACAAACAUCAUAUUCACCUGAGUACAUAACACUAACACAGAAAGACAUCAUGAUUACUAGUCUGUCAGAUUGCAUUGAUAUCGAAGAAACUAGACUCCGCUCAGUUCCGAAAUAUCACAUACUCGAACCGUCCUGCCGCGUACAGCUGAGUUUGCAGAGUAUUGGGCUAGUAUUCCAAAGGUCGUACCCUUACAAAAAUAAAUUAUAUAGUUUUCCUCCAAAAACUAUAGUUUUUUAGAGAAAAACUAUAG